UCAACCUCCCUCCCUCUUCUCCUCCCAUCAGCCAUCUGUGCGGCGGGGUGCAGUACGAACGGUUUGUGCGAGUCUCCCGGGGAGUGUGUGUGCCGGCAGGGCUGGCAGGGCGAGCGCUGCGAUGAGUGCGUCCGACACCCGGGCUGCCUCCACGGGACCUGCCAACAGCCGUGGCAGUGCAACUGCAAGGAAGGCUGGGGGGGCCUGUACUGUGACCAAGACCUGAACUACUGCACCAACCACAGGCCGUGUCAGAACGACGCCUCGUGCACCAACACGGGUCAGGGCAGCUACACCUGCGCCUGCCGCCCCGGCUUCACCGGCAAAAACUGCGAGAUCGAGACCAACGAGUGCGACAGCAAUCCCUGCAAAAACGGCGGCAGCUGCAAAGAUUUGGAGAACGAUUAUUCGUGCGCGUGCCCUCAGGGCUUCUACGGGAAGAACUGUGAGAUCAGCGCCAUGACGUGCGCAGACGGGCCGUGCUUUAACGGAGGGACCUGCGUGGAGAACGUUGCCGGUGGCUACAGCUGCCGCUGCCCUGCCGGCUACACCGGCUCCAACUGUGAGAAGAGAAUCGAUAGAUGCAGCAGCAACCCCUGCGCUAAUGGCGCUCAGUGUCUCGACGUCGGUCACCGCGUCAUGUGCCGCUGUCGUCCAGGCUUCACAGGAUCUCGCUGCGAAAUCAACAUCGACGACUGCGCCAGCAACCCCUGCCGCAACGCUGGCACCUGCGUGGAUGGCAUCAAUGACUUCACCUGCACGUGCACGCUCGGCUUCACCAGUAAGGACUGCUCCAUGCGCUCCAGCCCCUGUGACCAUUUCCCCUGCGACAACGGUGGCACGUGUUACACCCACUUCUCGGGCCCGGUGUGCCAGUGUCCGCAUGGCUUCAUGGGCGCCCGGUGCGAGUACUCUGUGAAGACCACACCCACCACGAAGCCAACCGUCAACAGCGAUUCCUCUCCUGCGCUUGUUGCCGCGGUCACCCUCGGCCUGGUGACGCUAGCUCUGCUGCUGUGUGCUGCCGUCCACAUUCUGCGACAGCUACGUCGUGGCAGGGAGCUGGCGGCCAUUUCCAGAUCGGUGAAGAACGACCUGGAGGCAGUAAACAACCGCAACGCAGUGAUCGGUGGGGUCGGACCUAAUAAUGGGAGCUUACCUGGAGCACCGCUGGGCAGCCUGAGGGAGAAGGAGGCCUUCCUCAUCCCCGGAGGACAUAUCAAAGUAUCCAAUAAGGACGCAGCGCUGGUGGAGAAGGGCAGCGACAACAUGGCCAUGUUUAAAAACAAGAUGGCGGACUGUAACCUGGCGAAUGAGGAGCAGCGUCUCAGCAAGAACAAGUUCGACCUUAAGAAGUGCGACUCGUCCAUCAUCAUGCCCUCCCUCACUUUUGCAAAGGACAGUGUGUAUCACCCAGUGUUCAUCAUUCCAGAGCAGAUGGAGCAGUGUGUGUUUGCUACUGAGGUUUGACCUCAGACAGACUCUGAUGCUGAAGACCUGAAGCAUUCUCUGUCCACGACAGUUCACCCAGCGGGUCUCACUUUUUAAUUUAAUAUUUAUUACCCUGCUCAGUGAGACACAAAAAGAAAAGGCUUUUCAAAGAAUCUUUCCCACUUUGAUACCGACAGUUUUGGAAAAGAAAGAAAGAAAGAGCAGCGGAGGAGGAGAGAAAAGAGGAGAAGACUGAAUGUCCAGCAUCAUUUGCACUUUUUUUAUCUUUUUUAUACAUUAAAUCUUAAUAUAAUUUUUAUUUCUCUACAAUUUCCUUUGGAUCAAAUAUGAAUGACAUGUCAAGAGUUGGAUUUUUCCACCAAUCAGAAAGACCGGUGCCUUACCUAUGCUUCCUAAUCACCACGGCAACCGUCUCCUGUACAAUUUCACAAUAAGAUGUCAAUCAAAUCGGUCGACGGACCCGAUGGACAAUCGAACGUUUUAGUUUCAGGUCAAAAAACCUGAACUUUUCCUCUUUUAUUCGAUCUGAAAGACGAACUGAGGAAUUUCUGUCACAACCGUCCAUUUUUUGUAUUUCUUGUUUUCUUUGGAGGUGAAGCAUCUUAUUGUGAAGAGGAAGAACAUCAGCCUUACAAUCAGCGUCCAAACCACAAACUCUGAAAGUGCCUCUUCAGGUGAAACAUUCAAACAACAAAUAGAAUUUGUUUCUUCUGAAAACCGGAGAAGGUUUUAUUGGAUCUCAUGUUCAAACUGUCUUUAAAAGCUCAGAAUCAUAUUCAGAUCCACGUGAACCGUCUUCUUCAACCUGUAACAUCUUUUUAAAUCUUAAUCCUGAGUCCCAGAUUGUAAUCUGAGUCUAAACGAGGUUUCAGGUGAAUCAGCACAAUCAGCUGUUUCCUUCAUUUCCACCUCGUGAGCAGAUAAUCGAACAAUUCAAACCUGAAGAGUUCAGCUGGAGUCACUUCACGGGUUUUAGGUUUGUGUUUCUGUUUUUUAUCCAGUUGAGAGAUUUAUUUUUCAAAGAGGAUAUUUUGAGUCACUCACGUCUUCGAGUCUUGUUCCUACAUUUUUUGAAAAAGGACUUCGCAGACUUUUUAUUCCGUCUUUUUUACCGAAUCCAUCUGAUACCAAAAAUACGUGUUUUUCCUGUGUAGUCGUGUCUUUGUACUAUCUUUGUUAAUUUAAGAACAAUGCAAUGUGUACAUAUCGUCCAGAACAUAGUUUUCCUAUUUAAUUUUGUCCUUUGUAAAUAAUUGUGUAUUUAUGAAAGAGAAUUGUAUAUAUGUCUAUGUUAAUGUGCCUAAUGUCAG